ACUGCGCACAAUCAAUAGAGAGCGUUUUAAUGCUUACGUAAAGCUCCUUCCCUUAAAAUUGAAGCGUUGAAAGAAAUAUAUAUUUUUAUAACGAUGAUUAAGAUAAUAACAGAAAUAAUGGGUAUUGAUUGAAAAAUAGUGUGUGGCGAGAAAGGUUCAUAGAUGAGGCUCAGACUAGAUAAUGCACAAAAUAACCAAAGGCUUGAAGAAGAAAAAGAAAGGUAAAAAAUCUAAACAUAAGGAAGAGGAGCUUUUCAAACCAGAAGAGUUAGAGGCUUAUCGCAGGGAGCAUCAAGCGCAUACUCCAAGUGGUGCUGAGAACGAAGAAUGGAAAAAAUUUCAUGCUCUCACCUCAGGGGUUGAUAACGUCCUCCAGAAAACCCAGGAAGAACUUAGUCGUAUCAAAGAAACAAGUUUUUUCCAGCGUGUUGCCACUCCUAGUGAGGAAAAACGAAGAGCGGAGGAGGAGGCGAAAAAAGAACUUUCUCAAGCAACCCAACAGCCUGUAGAGCCUGAAGAACCUCAACUCCCUGAUCCAAACAAACUAGGGAUCGUUCAGGUAUCCGAUUCUGAAUCAGAAGCCGAUGAUGAAGACGAUGAUAUCUUUGAUACCGCAUACAUUGAUGCCAUAGCUGCUGGUGAGGUGAAAUUAGCUUAUAUUCCUGAAUCUCCUACUGAAUUCGAGGGCAACGAUCCUUUCGAUACUUCAUACGCCGAGAAGGCUAUACUUGGACCAGCUGCUCAGACGAAAAAAGGAAAGAAAUUGGUGCCCAUUGGUGCAGCUGUAGAGGUCCUAACAGGAAGAGUACAGUUGCCCACUUGUAGUACACAAAGACCUGCUGCGAACAGAAGGCAAAUCUUUCAAGAUAGGGAUCUCCUUCUAGGAAGCUUUGACGACAACGCCAAUUCUAUUGCUGAAUGCAUUAAAGAUACGCCUGAUCAACCUCCCAAGACACUUCUAGACGAAGAAGCGCCACCAGAUCUAGCAAGUGAACCCAUUGACUUAUCGAAAUCGCUCUACAUUCCACCGAUACCGGUCACCCCAUCUCCAAUAUCCCAGAGUUCAGGGCACAACCUCGAGGAUUCUGAGGACGACGAAUUUGCUCAACUUGCUACAGAAAACUUGAACAAGGAACCUAAGAACGUUAUAGAGAAAUUACCUGUCGUAACUCCGGAUGUGGCUCAAGUGAUCGAGGAUCAUUGGGACGCUUUUUCGGAUGAGAAAACAGGAUUUCAAACAGAUUUUGUGGAGGUAGAACAUGAACCUGAACUAGAUAUCGAUCCUUUCGAUACGACAUUUGCUGAGAAUAUCUUGCCAGGGAAAGCUGAGCUCAAGCAAAUUGAAAGUGAAGUUCUGAACGCACAAUUUGAGAUCGAAGUAAAACCGAAACAGGAAAAACUUCUACAUAUUCUGAAAAAAUUGAGCCUCAGUGAAGACGGAACAAAGGAUAACGUAACAGAUUCAAGCUUGAAGAUCAAGGAAGGUAACAGGGACCUUCUUGGAGGAAGCAACACUGAUUUGAACAAUCUAAACCAACCCUUAACUCCAGCAGCACAAAUCGACGACAGCUAUAUCGAGUACUGCGAUCCAUUUGACACCUCCAUUGUUGAGUCCGUGAAGAAACCAGGACAGGCGGAACUGAAGUUUAUCGAAAAGGAACUACUUGCCGAUAUACAGAAAGAACAAGCUCCUGAUUUGAGUGACGAUGAUUUCAAUCCAAGAGCGGAGGAAAUAAAGGAGAUACCUAGAGAAAGAUCUGUGUCGAGACCUGAUGUCCUCAACGUUGUGAGCUCGAAGUCAGUCUGUUUUGAUACAGCAGUACUAUCCGAUAAAGAUUACAUUGGAAUACCAACUAAUAAUACUAGACUCGGAAAACCACCAACGCCAUUCUACGUUAGGAAAAACUCUGUUCCAGGAGCUCCAGAGGAAGACAUUUCUCCUGACCCGAUUGAGACUAAUACUGUUGAUUUUGGUGGUAGUGGUACUAUAUCGAAAAGUGCCACUGAGGUACCAGCUGUAUUUCCUGAAACUAACUUGAACGAUUUCGACGAAUCCGAAAAUAAUUUCGAUCCUUUCGAUACUUCCAUAGCUAAUAACGUCAUAUACAGUACUAUACAAUAAAAUAAAAAUAUGGAAGUGAAAGGCGCUAAUCCCUUUCUAUUCGCUGAAGAUGAUCACACUUCCCCAUCCUCCGGAUCAUCUAAUCCGUUUCUCAUGGAUACUGACACAUAUGCUGAAAAUGAACAGAACGUUUUCGCAUCAGCCGCUACGAAUCCUUUUGCAUUCGAUCCAAUGGAUCUUGGAGAAGUCGAUGGUGGUCAGAACGUUUUUGGUGACAAUUCUUUUGGUGCUAAUGAAACUCCAUUUUCCACUCACAGUAACCAGAUACCAUCUGGAGAUCAGAUCAUGGCUCAGGCAACUAUAACCAUAAAUUCGAGCAAUCAGGACUUUUUUUCACUCUCUGAUAACGACUUUGCAGCCUCCACAAAUAAUUAUCCUCCUCCAAUGAAACCAACAGAUCUCAGUCUGAAAACGACGAAUGUUGUUGACCCAUUCAUUGCCGAAAAUUCUAGACAACCACCUUCAAAGGAGACUCAGGAUCUCCUUAUGUCAGUUAUGGGUGCGAUGGAUGCCACAAGUUCGCAUUUGCUGAAUAAAAUACCGCCGACUAGAUCACCCAGUCCUGUAUCAAUGAGAGAUCUGCAUUCACCAAGUCCAACUCCCGAAAUGUUUGGGGAUCUCUUAGAUGUUGGGGAAUCGACGCAAACUUCAAGAACUCCUGAACAUUCCAAGAAAGAGGACUUGUUCGACAGUUCGACUAAUCUUUCCUGUGAUAUCAAUCAGAAUCCAUCGGUUGUCAAGCAACCUCCGCCAAAACCUCCACCUCCGCGCCCUGCUCCACCAAGGCCGGCUCCACCUUCGUUUGUACAAGCUCCUCCAAAGCCACCUCCUCCGAAACGUGAACCACCUGUGACAUCGCAAGAUCAUUCAUCCAUGAACAAUGAUAAUGAUAUUUGUUUAUUUGGUGUUGAUGGUACUCUUCCAAAGAAGGCUCCUGCAACAACAGAGGACAUACUUAAUCUAUACAAUACAGCUAAAAGUGAGAAAAAGGUUGAUUUACUCAGUGGAUCGGAUGAAGCCUUGAACGUUGGAGCUGUCGAUAAUUACCCCCAAAGUUCUUCAAAUUCAAUUCUCACAUUUGAAACCUCACAGCCUCAAGUAGGCAAGGAAACUUUCGUAGAAUCGGUACAAGAGCCAAUGACCCAGGAUAAUUUCAUAUCUCCAGAGAUAUCCCAGGCUGAUGUCCAGAUGGAUACUAGCGAAAGUCAUAGCAAGGGAUCUGUAUCAAGUGUUACUUUCAAUCCCUUCGCCACUUCAGAGGAAAUGCAAGAAAUGAGCGCUAAGGAAGAAGAUGCUUCGUUGCAGGAAAGUACCACCUUCCAGACAGCAGACGCUCCAAUGGUGCCAACAAAUUAUCAAGAAACUUCCACAGCUGAUGUUCCAUUCACACAAAUUACGGAAAACAAUGACACUUUUGCUAAGGUCUCAGAAUCUCCUGUUCAGUCAGCUCCUACUGAAGAACAUUCUGCCUCAAAUGAUGCGUUUGGAUUUGCAAAUGAGAAACCUUUUGAUUCGCAAAAUGCUUUCGAUAAUGUCGAUCAGGAUUUCAGUGCUUUCGGUGCGGAAAGAAACACCAGUGGCGUAGAUAUGAAUGUGAAAGAUGAUGAAUUCGACGAAUUCGCUCAUAAAUUCGAGUCGGUGGCAUCUGAGAAUCAGGCGACUGAUUCAUUCGCCUGGGGAGGAAGCGGUUCUGCUAGUGCGUUUGGAGAUGUCAGCAGUGGAUUCGAAAGUGCAGCUUGUGGUUUUGAAGCAGAUGAACCAUUUGAUUCAUUUCUGGCUCUACAAGAGCCUCCCAGUGUACCACAGAGCACUCCAUAUGUUCUUAGCAAACAGCCGUCUGCUGAUUCUGAUGAAGAUAGGGAUUUCUCAGUUUUUAUCAAACCGAAAAAUGACGACGAUGUUAUUGGUGGAAUGGGAGUUGCCAUGCCAAUUUUGGCACCUCCACCCACAGUUCAACAAGCCUUCAGUGACACGUCUCCAAGAUUCAAUCCUUUCGAUCAAAGCGAAACCUUCACAGCAGCUGAACCUGUGAAGCCUCCUUCCCUUCCUCUGGAUGGAGCUCCACCAUUAGAAAGAAGUGGAUCGCAAGAGACGCCUCCCACUCCACUUUUCGACGAAGACGUAUCGCAACCACUAGAACCGUUCCCGAGAAGCACUUUCACAGGAGAAGGAUGGGAGAUGCAGCUAAGACAGCCGAACAAGAAGAAAAUAACUGGUCAAAGGUUCUGGAAGAAGAUAUUCGUUAGACUCUUGUAUCAGCAAGAUUGCGUCCUCUUGCAGUUAUUCAAUCAGAAGGACGACAAGGACCCGUUUCAAGAAUUACCGCUACAGCCUUGCUACUCAGUUUCGGAAAUUGGUGCUCAGCAGUACGAUCAGUUCGGGAAGAUAUUCACAUUGAAAUUGCAGUAUAUUUUUUAUAAGGAGAGACCUGGAGUCAGACCGGGGCAAGUUAAGAAGGCUGAAAAAUUAUCGAACAGACUGAGCAAAUUUGCUGCGUAUGCUAUACAAGGAGAUUACGAAGGUGUCAAAGAGUUUGGUAGUGAUUUGAGAAAAUUGGGAUUGCCGGUAGAACAUGCACCCCAGGUAUCACAACUAAUGAAAUUGGGUUCUUUAAAUUAUGAGGAUCUGAAACAGUUUUCAUUCAGCAUAGAGGAAGCUUUGUUUAGACUUCAAGCACAUAGAGAUAGGGCUCUCCACUAUAAAAUGGAAGAAGUGCAGAUAACUGUAGUAGAUGAACUCUAUGUGGAUCAAGAUUCUGAUGGUCACAUUGAGAGGCAGAUUGCACGAGUCAGGUUAUUUUUCCUUGGCUUCCUCACUGGCAUGCCUGACAUUGAACUUGGUGUGAACGAUAUGAGACGUCAGGGUAAAGAAGUUGUAGGUAGGCAUGACAUAAUCCCUGUUGUGACUGAAGAAUGGAUACGUCUAGAAGCAACUGAAUUUCACUCCUGUGUACAACAAGAUGAAUAUGAAAGAACACAUGUCAUCAAAUUCAAACCGCCGGAUGCUUGCUACAUCGAAUUGAUGAGGUUCAGAGUGAGACCACCCAGAAAUCGCGAACUUCCAUUACAGCUCAAAGCAGCAAUAUGCGUGACAGGCACGAAGAUUGAAUUAAGGGCGGAUGUUCUUGUGCCAGGAUUUGCUUCCAGGAAAUUAGGACAAAUUCCUUGCGAAGAUGUGCAAAUUAGGUUUCCUAUACCAGAAUGCUGGAUUUAUCUGUUUAGAGUCGAGAAGCAUUUUAGAUAUGGCUCAGUUAAAUCAGCACAUAGACGUACUGGCAAAAUCAAAGGAAUCGAAAGGAUAUUAGGAACCAUGGAGACGCUUCAAGAAAGCCUCAUCGAAGUUACGUCUGGACAAGCGAAAUACGAGCACCAACAUAGAGCGAUUGUUUGGAGAUGCCCAAGGCUACCGAAAGAAGGGCAAGGUGCUUACACUACUCAUAAUAUGGUUUGUCGUCUGGCACUCACAAGCUAUGAUCAAAUGCCGGAGAAGCUAGCCGAAUAUUGCUAUGUAGAGUUUACCAUGCCAGCCACGCAAGUCAGUCACUGCGUGUGUAGGAGUGUGAGCCUUCAGAAUACGGACAGCGACGAUCCUCCUGAGAAAUAUGUUAGGAACUUAGCUAGACAUGAAUACAGGGUUGGUAUUGAGCACAUAGAGGGAGAAAAUCCCAAUGCUUACGCGAUUGCUACUAAACCAGUGCAUACUGUGAAAGAAGAAAAACCGGCACCUGUUCCAGAGGCUGACUCAAGUAGUGAUAGCGAGUAAAUACAGAGUAUCUUCACUACAAAUUUUGUUAAUAAGAACUAAUACUAGGAUAUUACUCAAACAAUUUUACAUGAGAUUUAAUUAGAGCAUAUCGCGAAUAGAUGUUGUGCAAUAAUAGAUUGUUAUAUGUUUUGCAAUAUAAUUUAUGCAAUUCGUUCGAAACUGUUACGUUUACAAAUUUUUAUCUUUCGUUUUAUUUGUUCAGCGAGAACGCUUCAGUUCAGAAGAACCCUUAUUCCAAUAUAUUAUUUGUUAUGGUUUGUUGUUAUCUUAAAUAUUUGUAUCAUAGUAGAAAUUAUAUAAAAUAUAAUAAUGAACUUAAAAGACAAUAUACUUAAAGUUAUAAAUUCCAGAAUUGUACUUAUAAUAUGCAUAGUUGAUAACUGAAACUGAAUGCUUUUUUUGAUGAAAUAAAUAAACUUAUAAUAAAUUAUAGAGAGGAGGUGUCAACAAAUUCAAGAAGAGAUUUGAUAAUAAUUGUGCAAUGAUCUUUAUUUUAUAUCUUAUAAAUGGGAUGUUGAUGGAAUUUUCCAUUUAUUGAUAUGGGAUAUUUUUGACAUACUUAUAGGGUAGAUUAAUAUUUUAAUUUUUGGUCAUAUCAUCGAUGUUUUUUCUUUCGAUUUCGGAGGUGUUAUCAUAACACCUGUACUAGUGUACCAAAGAAAUAGGAAAUAAGGGCAAAAAGAAGUCAUGGAAAUGUUAGGUGAAAUGAUAUUUCUGUUUAUAUAUGUAUCUAACGAGACUGUUCAUAUUUAGCCUUCAGUUGAGUUAAUUUAGGAAAUUAGCAGAGCACAAAAUAAAGAAGUAAUUUAUUGAGUCAAAAACUACUUGAGUGAUGACCAAUAUGAAUAGAGCUACUAAUAUAUAUCGGCAAAACUGUAUAGAUUGAAAGAUGAUACAACAAUCGCGUUGAAUCAUAUAAUUUAUAAAGAUGUAUACUUUAGUUACAAUUACAGUUUAUUUGUGAAUUUUGAGCUUGAGACUGAUAACGUCUCAAGAAAGAAGAGGAAUUCUAGUCACUAAUAUAAGGAUAUGUAAAAAAAUAAUUAUAAUGUAAAUAGUAAUCAUUAGCUUCGAGACCAGAUGAUGAUUUAAUUUGAAGCAAGCUAUCAGUAUUUUCAACCUCAAAUAUCAACAAAUAUUGAAAUUUAUGGACGAAAUUGAAAAUCCAUACUUUAUCGAAACAUUCCACUGAAAAAUAUUCUUUGUUAAGUAAGGCUUAGUUUAGUCAAAAAUGCUACAACAUGACUGGUGUAUAUGAAUUGUAGAAAAGUAUAAUUUGAUGUCGGUUAAGUGUGAGAUAUGAUAAUAAAGAGGGUAUCAAAA